AUGUCCAGACUGAAACCUGCUACUGUAAGUCUUUGUGGAACAAGAUCAUCCUCUUUUAACACCCUGGCUCUUCCUUGCAUUGAUGGUUGUUACCUUCCCAAACAAGAGAAUGAAUUUAUCCAUACAGUGCUUGAGGAGCUGGAAAGCUUUCAGCAGAGAAAUGACCAGAAUUGUGUCCUGCUCUUCCCACCUCUCCCGAGCCGACUGCGUUUCCUGACUCACAAAACCGCUGAGAACCACCCCAACCUCAGCACCUUCUCUGUGGGUGAGGGCUGGGCUCGCAGAGUCGUAGUGUGCUAUUCCAACGUCAGGUUGGAUUUAGAAGAGUAUAGUAGUGACACAGAUGGCAGUUCUCAUGUGCGAACAAACAGUCGGGGCAGGAAAAUGGAGGACAAAGGCAACAGCCGAUCGCUGGAGCCCAGAUCCAACAACAGACGAGGAGCCAGACGGCCAGACAAGCCUAUUUAUGUUCCACGGGCUAUGAGACAGAAGGUGUAUGAAAACUCGACAGAUCUGGAGCAGCAGAAUCUCAAUCCAUCAUCAGAGGAAUCCGGCUCUGACGUUGUGGACGGACCACUUGUAGCCAACGAAAAGCCAGGGGCAGACGGUACUGACCGAUCCCUGGAUGUUGAAGAGGUUGUGCAGCUUUCAAGGUCUGGAUCUUCUCCAUUGUCUCCUGACUGGGAUAGGACAGUGUCUUUGGUCAUGUCUUUGACAUUAGAUGACCAAGCAGAUGAAGAUUGUGGUGACAACACAGAUGCAACGAUCCAGCCACAGAACAGUUAUGAAACUGAAAAAUUGUACUCUGAGAUCAAAGCCAACCUGAAACAUAAGGACGUUGUCAUAAAGAACACCAGCAAUGAUUACUCGUGUUAUGCAAAUAUCUGGCUCAAUCAAGAGGAGUUUGCACAUGUUAUUGAGAUCUACGACUUUCCUGCCAUGUUUAAAACGGACGACCUCCUCGAUGCUUUUGCAGGCUACAGUGAGGGAGGCAUGAAGAUCAAAUGGGUGGAUGACACUCAUGCACUUGGCAUAUUUGCAAGUCAAUCUGCAGCUACACAGGCUCUCUCCCUUAAGCAUCCAUUACUGAAGGCCUGCACUCUCUCAGAGGGGAGCCAGAAAGCAAAGUGGAAAGCAAUGAGACGAGCAGAGUUUAUUCAGCCGGUGAAGGAGAGGCCACGUACAGACACAGUGGUAGCUCGCAGGAUGGUGACCAGAGCGCUUGGUUUGAGAGGAGGCUCAAGGGGGAAACGCUUCUGACUCUAAAUAAAAAAAAAAACCUUCAGAGCUCCGUUUCACAUUUAGACUAUACUGGUUUUGUUUUUUAAACAGACAGAAUUCCCUGAAACAUUAACUUAAGCACCAUUUACUACACCAUUGAAAGCAAGACUGAACAUUAAAUGUAGAUAAAAACAGCCUGUAUUUUACAAUGCCCGCUUUGACAGAUGUAUAUGCAAAUGCAAAAUGGAUGGAAAGGCUAUGAAUAAGCUAUAGAUCUUUCUUAUGGUUGCGUAAUAAGGGAAAUGCUCAAACAUAGGUGUCCAUGAAAUGUAUGUGGUGUCCCACAAGUGUUUCAGUUUUGUUUGAAUUUUCUGUGCCCUUUUGUGUGUUCUCGUAAGCAUUUAAAUGAGUUUCUUUCUUGUUUUUAAGCAGGAAAUGUGGCUUUAGUAACUGCCUUGUUUGCUUUAGACUGCUUGGUUACUAACAAGACUGGCAUCUCUCAGCAUCUGGCCCAGCCAUUACAAUAGAUCCAUUCAUUAAUAAUAAAGAUUAUUUUAAUUAGGAAUAGGCUUCCUUGCAAUUUUUGAGGCACAUUCUAAGAUUGUUCUGAGGUUAAUAAUUGGUGGGUUUCGAUUGGGUGACCUUUUAACAGGUCAUCUAGGAUGAAAAUCUUGAAGUUAAUAAUUGGAGUUAAGUGUAAUUAAUGGCAGACAUCUUAGCAGGGCAGAUAAAAGUUAACAGGCCUGGAACACUGGCAAGGGAAUAGUCAUUUUUGUUGUGUUGUUAGGAUGUUGUUCGAGUCGUUUCUCCAGGUUUUUUUUUUUGUGUGUGUUGUAGAUUAAGCUUGGAUUUUUUUUAACACUUUGCAAUUGAUCUCAUUUUUGGGAUGCAUGUAAUUUGAGAUUGAAAUGUAGACCACAUUUCUGGCUCAUCAGAUGUUUAUCUCUUAUUUAAAACUAGUAUUAUUUUCUUUAUGUACUCGAUUGGUUUGGUUUCUACAGUUAAUAUAUUUUUUGUCUUUAUCCUUGUUCAUUAUGAGAGUUGAUUUGUUUUGAAAAAUUACACGAUUGUUUUUAAAGAAUGGUACUUAUUACUGCAACUACAAUAUAAUUUAAAGAAAGGGGUUGGAAGUGAGGGAGAGAGUUAUAAACCUUGCCAGUUAUUUAAUGCAUAUUUGAUUGUUGUAAAAUUGUUUGAUACCUAAACCUAUUGUUUUUUAUUAUUCAAUUUUGAUUAAAAUUGUUUUGCUUUUUUAACUGGUGUCACUGUUUUGUAUUGUUCCUGUCCGCACAUUGUAAAACAUUAAAAACCAGAAUAAAUUGCUUAGUCCAUUCUUUUAUUAUAUAAUACAAUGCAAUGGUUUCACAAUGUGUGUUGUUCCAUCCAUUCAUAAACACACUGUAUAUCUUAAAACCAUUUAACCGGUCAUAGGUACCCUCAUAAAACGGAGGGAGCUUUUCCAAAAGAUUUGCAACAAAUUACAGUUUCACAUUGCGUACAUUUAAAGUUGACAAAAAAUCCCUGACUGAACAUAAUAAAUUACUUGACAUGCUUGAUGAAUAACCACAAAAGUGUCUAACAGAGCUGCAAGUAAUCUGUACAUGCAGUAAAAAUUGGGUUUGUUUAUGAAACUGCAAUAUUUUAAAGGGAUAGUUCAUCUAAAAGUUCAAAUUCUGUCAUCAAUUACGCAUGGGUUGUUCCAAACCCGUAUGACUUUCUAAAAGUGUUUUGUCUUCCACAGAAUAAAGUAAGUUAUAUGAACAGAAUGAAGGUGAGUAAAUGACAAUGUUUUAAUUUUGGGGUGAACUGUAUCUUUAAGUUAUAGUCCAAUGGAGAAAAAGCAUAUGAAAGAGUUGAAAUGUUGAUGAUCCCAGUUCGCAUUAUAGUUUGAACUUUACUUCACGGCAUGAGUUUGUAAAGACUACAAGCGACAAAUGCAAUCGGUACAGUACAUUUUAAGGAAGUGAGAUACUUUCGGUUCAGAGCGAGCGUGAUAUAUUGUAGUAAGAAUUA